AUGGUAAUCACCAGUGGAAAUGAAGAAGAAAAAGCCAACCAAGAAAAGGAAAGCAAGGAGGAAACCAUCCUGGCCAUGCUGGGAAUCAUCGGGACGAUUCUCAACCUCAUUGUGAUCAUUUUUGUGUACAUCUACACGUUUUCACGACGCUGUGAACUGCGGAGGCAAAGCCAUUCCAGACAGCUGACACGAGGCUUCCCUCCCUCCCUCCGAGGCGAGCAGCCAGAAAGUGGGGCGGUGGGAGAGAGCGAGCGAGCGAGGGCGGGUGGUCGGACGGACGGUCGGUCACGUGACGGCAACGGCGCCUCCCGCGCCGACUGGCUGCUGGCGGAGCGCCCCGGCGAGAGGCGGCCGCUUCUCCGCCCCCCUCGGCCCCUGCCCCGAGCAGACCAUGUUCCGAGGGAGCCGGCGACAGGCGGGCUCCGCCACCCCAGUGAGCUGGAACUGGUAGCGCGCCCCAAGGUGCUGCUGGCGGAGGCCCCCGCCCAGCCCCCCCGAGACCCCUCCACGCCGGCGGGCAGCGCCAGCCUCGCCACCAGCCUCUCCGCCAGCUCGUCCGGGAGCUCCAGCUCCAGCAGCACGAUGGACCUCUCCUUCAUGGCCGCCCAGAUUCCCGUUAUGGGAGGAGCAUUUAUGGACUCGCCCAAUGAGGACUUCAGUACGGAAUACUCCUUAUUUAACUCGUCUGCCAAUGUCAAUGCAGCCGCCUCAAUGCCAAACCAGCCAGAAGAGGCGUCCCGUUCUUCAAAUGAUGCCAUUUUGUUAUGGAUUGCCAUUAUAGCAACGAUUGGAAACAUUGUCGUUGUUGGAGUUGUGUAUGCAUUCACGUUCUGA